UUUCCUUGGUGCUCACCAUGGCAACAUGGGUUAGCGGUGAGAGCAGGAGGAAGCGAGUAAGAGUGCUGCUAUUCCUGAUAUCCUUCUACUUGAUGCCUCUGAUCCCCUUCUCAUGCUCUGCUGCUGAGAUGCCCAUUUCCCGUCACAAGCUCGAAGUUCAGAACCACUUGAAACGCCUCAACAAGCCCGCCGUUAAAAGUAUUAAGAGCCCAGAUGGAGAUAUCAUUGAUUGCGUCCAUGCUUCUAAUCAACCUGCAUUCGACCAUCCUUCUCUCAAAAACCAUACAAUUCAGAUGAGACCAAGCUUUCAUCCAGAAGGGCUUUUCGACAAAAACAAAGCCACUACCAAGUCCGAACAAAGUUCAAACUCCAUUACUCAGCUGUGGCAUUUUAGUGGAAGAUGCCCUGAAGGAACCAUACCCAUCAGAAGAACAACCAAAGAUGAUAUUCUAAGGGCAAGCUCAGUCGAAAGAUUCGGAAUGAAGAAGCACACAACAAUCCCUCAACCCCAUUCUGUGAAUCCUGCCGCGAUAAAUCCAGGUGGUCAUGAGCAUGCAAUAGCCUACGUUAAAGGGGACAAGUAUUACGGAACAAAAGCAACCAUUAACUUGUGGAAACCCAAUACCCAACAGCCUAAUGAGUUCAGCUUAUCUCAGCUCUGGGUCGUGGAAGAUUCUUCUAGUCAAGAUGUCAACACCAUUGAAGCUGGUUGGCAGGUCUUACCAUAUUUCUAUGGAGACAACAAUACGAGACUCUUCAUCUACUGGACUAGUGACUCUUAUCAAUCCACGGGUUGCUACAACCUCGUCUGCUCAGGCUUUGUUCAGACCAACAAUCAAAUAGCAUUGGGUGGAAGCCUCUCUCCUGUGUCUGCGUAUAGUGGUUCCCAAUAUGAUAUCACUAUACUUGUCUGGAAGGUAAAAACCAAUGUAUCCAUCUAUCUGAGAGAUCCAACGGAUGGGAAAUGGUGGAUGCAAUUGAAUGAUUCUGUGUUAGGCUACUGGCCUUCUUCCCUCUUCUCGUACUUGGCUGACAGUGCAUCCAUGAUUGAGUGGGGAGGAGAGGUUACAAACACAGAAUCAUUUGGUCAGCACACAUCAACUCAGAUGGGUAGUGGGCAUUUCCCUCAAGAAGGCAAUGGUAAGGCAAGUUAUUUCCGGAAUAUUCAGGUUAUUGAUGGAUCCAAUAAUCUAAAAGCCCCAAAUGGAAUCAGCACCUUGGCUAUGUAUGCCACUUGCUAUAAUAUCCUAAGUGGCAAUAAUAGUGAUUGGGGGAACUACUUCUACUAUGGUGGACCUGGCAGAAACCCCAAUUGCCUAUGA